GGGCCGGGGGCACCGUUUGUACGGCCGCCGCUGGCGGGCGGGGCUUAUUCCCGGAUGUCGUACUUCCGCUUCCUGUGGCUGCGGCGCGACUGGUUGGCCCGGCGGCCGCGGGACGGGGAAGGUUCUUUGCAGCGCGGAGCGCGGCGUCCGGGAAGGUCCCCCGAGACUCGCAGCCCGCAGCCGCUGUUCGGGCCCAGCCUCUACGGUCGCCGCCGCAGCCUGGAGGCGCCUGCCUCCGCCCUCCCGAAUGGUGCUCCUCCUCGCAGGCCUCGGCCCAGGAUCCAGCCCCCCGGCCUCGCCCGUCCCGAAGCUGCCGCUCCCAGCCUGUCCUGGCGGGCUCUCCGCGGCCGGGAGGGAAGAACGGCGCCGACGCGGCUGCAGCUCCCGGAAUCCCACUGACAGCUUGACGCCCAGCCUCUAAUCCGGUGUGAGGUUCUUACUGUGCCCCUUUCCCGCCCUUCCUAAAGCCAGGAGCCCGGGAAGCCCCAGGCUAGGGCCCUGGUCCCGGCAUGCCCGUCCUCUGCUGUGCAUAGGGCAGUGCCCGCUCCCAGCCGGCAUGGCUGAGUUGCGGCCGGUUCCAGGGGGCCGGGAAACCCCGCAGGGGGAGCUUCGUCCAGAGGUACAGGAUGAAGCCCCUCGGAGCCCAGUCGCAGAGGAGCCGGGAGGAGGUGGAAGCAGCCGCGGGGAGGCCAAGUUGUCCCCAAGAGAAGAGGAAGAACUGGAUCCUAGAAUACAGGACCGGAAACAAGUCGGUCAGCAAGUCACGGCAUUGCAGUGUGACAGCAGCCGAGCUGUGGGCGCGGGGGCAAGGGAAGGGCCCGCCGGGUGCCUGGGCUGUGCAGCGGCCUGCGGAAGAAGCGAAUCGGCACAUUGGCAGCAGAUGCGGGAGGUGCCGGAGGAGGAGCUGGAGCACCUGAACCAGGCCAGCGAGGAGAUCAACCAGGUGGAGCUGCAGCUGGAUGAGGCCAGGACCACCUAUCGGAGGAUCCUACAGGAGUCGGCGAGGAAGCUCAACAUGCAGGGCUCCCAGCUGGGGAGCUGCAUCGAGAAAGCCCGGCCCUACUAUGAGGCCCGGCGGCUGGCUAAGGAGGCCCAGCAGGAGACACAGAAGGCAGCGCUGCGGUACGAGCGCGCUGUGAGCAUGCACAAUGCUGCCCGGGAGAUGGUGUUCGUGGCUGAGCAGGGUGUCAUGGCUGACAAGAACCGGCUGGACCCCACGUGGCAGGAGAUGCUCAACCACGCCACCUGCAAGGUUAAUGAGGCGGAGGAGGAGCGGCUUCGUGGCGAGCGGGAGCACCAGCGGGUGACACGGCUGUGCCAGCAGGCUGAGGCGCGGGUCCAGGCUCUGCAGAAGACACUCCGGCGGGCCAUUGGGAAGAGCCGCCCCUACUUUGAGCUCAAGGCCCAGUUCAGCCAGAUCCUGGAGGAGCACAAGGCCAAGGUGACAGAGCUGGAGCAGCAGGUGGCCCAGGCCAAGACCCGCUACUCGGUAGCCCUGCGCAACCUGGAGCAGAUCAGCGAGCAGAUUCAUGCCCGGCGCCGGGGUCUUCCCCCUGGGCCUCCUGGCCAACGGCGCUCCUCCCCCGUGGGGGCCGAGGCUGGGCCUGAUGGCAGCGAGGACGGGGACAGUGGGAUCCUGGAGGGAGCUGAGGGGGGUGGCCUGGAGGAGGGCGGCGGCCUGGGGCCCGGGCCCGGCCCUGACACAGACACGCUGAGCCUACUGAGCCUGCGCACCGUGGCCUCGGACCUGCAGAAGUGUGACUCCGUGGAGCACCUGCGGGGCCUCUCAGACCAUGCCAGCCUGGAUGGCCAGGAGCUGGGGCCCCGGAGCGGCUGGCGCAGGGGCAGUGACGGCAAGGGCCGUGCGGGCCGCCACCAGCGCAGCAUCAGCCUGUAGCUCCGUUCGGCGUGGCUGGUCGUCUCUGUCACUGGCUCGGUGGGCAGGGCAGGCCCCGCGCCCUCUCCUGGGGUCUGGCUUCCCCAGGCAAGGUCAGGCUGGCCGGCUGAGUCCUGCGUGCGAGGCUUCCCACCCCGCACCCCCACCCUUCCGUGCAGGUGGCAGCUCUUUGCCUUACCCCUUCAGAGGGCUUGUGUCUGGCGCUCACAUCUCCCCUUGCCCUGCUGGCUGCCCACAGUCUGUCUGAUGCCCUCUGCUGUUUCUCCUUCCAGGGUCUGGCUUUUUCCUUCAGGGAACUUAGUCUAGGAGGCACAGCAAAGCCUGUCAGGGUGGGUGCUAGGCCCUCAGCUUGCAGGAACUCCAGGUGCCCUUCUCCCGGGGCUCCCUUGGGCUGCUUCAGAGCCCUCCUGGCCACCCUGCAUCCCGGGCCUCUGUCCCAGCCUGUGGGUGGCCUGUCAGGCGUGCUGUGGAAGACAGCACUGCUCCCCUCAGCACUCCCUUGGGACCUCAGCCACUUUGCUACGUGUGCCCCAAAGCAGGACGUGAAGGAUGGUGGUGUCAGGAAAGGUGAAACCGCCCCAGUGUCAGCAUCAGUGACACUCCCCAGUCCGUGCGUGCUCCCAAGUGCAUGGUGGUUCCCAGAUGGGCUGGGCCCUUAAUGCUGCCAAGGUGCUAGUGGGUCUCCAGCAGGGCCCAUGUCGGGGGUUGCACUGAGGGCCUGAUGGCUGAGGCCUUUGCUGUCUCUACUGCAGUCAGGUUCACUCUUCUGGGAUGAGGAGCUGAGGAUGCCAGCUGACUCUCAGUGGCCUCCUCCGGUGGAGUUAGGGAAUCUGGUGCUCAACUGCUGUCCCUUGCUCUUCCCUAAACCAAACAAUACCUACUCCCGGACCCCAUGGGGGUGCUCCAGUCUGGCUGCUGAGUCUGCUGAUGUGCAGACAGGUUGGCUGGUUUGAAGGGACCCACUUGCCACUGGGAGCAAGCAGCUCCAGGUGUCUGGUGGUGUCCAACCUGUGUGGGUGGAAAGUGGGGAAGCCACACUGGAUCUGGGUGCCUUGGGAGAGCCAGACCUCUGUCCUGCCCCAUCCCUGGGGGAGUGAGAGUUGGGCCCUGGGCAGGAGAGCUUGUGCCCAGGCUUGCAUGCUGCUGCCAUCGGCUGGGAGGGGUGGGCCUUUACGUGCAGGCGCCUCUCAUGGGUCACGAUGAGAACUGCCAGGUUUGAGGUGGCCAUGGGUGUAGGGAAGCAAGGAGGAAUUGGGUGAGCGUGCGUGCAUGUGCUGGUGUGUGUGUGGGUAAAGGGUCUGCCAUCGGUUUUAUUUAAAUAAAAUAGUUUAUGUAUGUAGCAGUAA